AUGGUCCGCAUAAAACAUCGCUACCUCUUAAUCGACAUCCUGCAUCCCGAGCCCUCCCAAAUCCACAACAAAUCGGGAGCGUCAUCGAUACCGGCACAUCUCUACUUCCAUCCGCCGACGCCAGAUAUAUUGACCUCCAGCGUGCUGGCACGAUUACUUCGCGACACUAUAUCGGAGUUAUUUGGUGAUUAUGGAAUGGGGAAGCUGGGUGGUGCAUCGAGUGGGAAUUUAAUCAUCAAAUAUUUGUCGCCCGCGACGUCGACGGCGAUUAUUCGGUGUCCCCGCGCAGCGUAUAGAUUGGUUUGGGCGGCGCUUACGUAUCUCAAUGCGAUCCCUGCGCCGGCGACAGGUGCAUCGGCGAAGAAGUCGGAAAUGACAAUGAGGAAUGCUGUGUUUAGGGUUGUCAGGGUCUCUGGGACGAUGCGCAAGGCGGAGGAAGAGGCAAUCAGACGAGCGAGGAGGGAGAUUGGGAGGGCGAGGAAAGAGAAUGAUGGGGUGUUCGAGGGGUUGUUCGGGGGCAGGGAUGGUGGUGCUGCUGCUGUUGUGGGGGACGACGAGGCUGUUUUUGGGAUGGAUAUUGAUGAUGAUGACGACGAGGAAAGUGAUGAUGAGGAUUGA